GGAAGCCAACAGGGAUCGGGAAAGGGAUCGGGAAAACCUUCUGGGAGACCCCCCCCCCCUUCCACCCUUCAGGCCGCCACUUGGCGCGGGACGCUCGGCGAGGAGGCGUCGGGGCCGGCCGCACGGGCCCACAGAAUUUGAUAUUUUGCACCAAAGAAAUGGUGAUGGAGAAGCCAAGCCCCCUGCUUGUAGGGCGGGAGUUUGUGAGGCAGUACUAUACUUUGCUGAAUAAAGCACCGGACUUCCUGCACAGGUUUUAUGGCAGGAAUUCCUCCUACGUUCACGGUGGACUAGACGCCAGUGGGAAGCCCCAGGAAGCCGUGUAUGGCCAAAAUGAUAUUCAUAAGAAAGUCAUGUCUCUGCAGUUCAGUGAAUGUCGUACCAAAAUUCGCCAUGUGGAUGCCCAUGCAACCCUGAGCGAUGGAGUGGUUGUCCAGGUGAUGGGUUUGUUGUCAAACAACGGGCAGCCAGUGAGGAAAUUUAUGCAAACCUUUGUCUUGGCUCCUGAGGGGUCUGUUCCAAAUAAAUUCUAUGUUCACAAUGACAUGUUCCGUUACGAGGAUGAUGUAUUUGGUGAUUCUGAAGCUGAGCUUGAUGAAGAAUCAGAAGAGGAAGUGGAAGAAGAACAGGAAGAAAGGCAGCCAUCUCCAGAGCCCGUGCAAGAAAACGCAAGCAGUACUUACUAUGAGACUCACCCUGUGACUAACGGAAUAGAGGAGCCCUUGGAAGAAUCCUCUCACGAGCCCGAACCGGAGUCCGAAACAAAGACGGAGGAGUCAAAACCCGAAGUGGAGGAAAAGAAUUUAGAAGAGCUCGAGGAGAAGUCUCCUUCUCCACCUCCGUCAGAACCAGUUUCUCUACCCCAAGAACCACCCAAGGCUUUCUCCUGGGCUUCAGUGACCAGUAAAAACCUGCCUCCUACUGGUACUGUUUCUUCCUCUGGAAUUCCACCCCAUGUUAAAGCUUCCGUCUCACAGCCAAGAGUCGAAACGAAACCUGAAGUUCAGUCCCAGCCCCCUCGGGUGCGUGAACAGCGUCCACGGGAACGACCUGGGUUUCCCCAAAGGGGGCCUCGGCCAGGCCGCGGAGAUAUGGAGCAGAACGAGUCGGAAAACCGCCGAAUAAUUCGUUAUCCGGACAGCCACCAACUCUUUGUUGGCAACUUGCCCCAUGACAUUGACGAGAAUGAACUAAAGGAAUUCUUCAUGAGUUUUGGAAAUGUGGUGGAGCUUCGCAUCAAUACUAAGGGAGUCGGAGGGAAGCUACCAAACUUUGGCUUUGUGGUUUUUGAUGACUCUGAGCCCGUUCAGAGAAUCUUAGUUGCAAAACCGAUCAUGUUCCGCGGGGAAGUGCGCCUGAACGUCGAGGAGAAGAAAACGAGAGCCGCGAGGGAGCGAGAGACCCGGGGCGGCGGGGAUGAGCGCCGGGACAUCCGGCGCAACGACCGAGGCCCCGGUGGCCCUCGGGGCCUAGUGGGCGGCGGCGGCGGCGGAGGAAUGAUGCGCGACCGCGACGGGCGAGGCCCACCCCCGAGAGGCGGCAUGGCCCAGAAACUCGGCUCGGGCAGAGGGAGCGGGCAGAUGGAAGGCCGUUUCACUGGACAACGGCGCUGAGACCCCCCACCCCCCAACCCCACCGCCGGCAGACCCCUCUCCCCCCCCCUCAGCGGGGGCCCCCCCAUUACUCGUCGUGUUUGCAUUCUCGUUCCUUUUUUUUUUGGCUUUGGAAUGUGACACAGCCUUUUUUUUUGUUUUUUCGAUCAUUUCUUUGGUUACCGGUUCAAUUGAGGUGGCCAUUCUCUCCCCAGUUUCGCAACAGGAUUCACACGGUUAAUUUAUAAAUCUAGACUUGGAGAAUAAGGACUGAGAAACGACCAUUUAUCUUAAACUCUCCGCAACCCAAAAAGAACUCAAAAGGACACGCCCAACCGAACCCAGGUCCUUUCAGCCCCCCAGUCCUCUGCUGCACAUUUGGUUUAAGCGUUGCCGUUCCUGCCUAUUACUACCGUUUUGGAAACGUACGAAAGUAGUGCAGUUUGUGCAAUUGGAGAAUCUUGCCUUUUAGAACACUUGGCUCGAAAACAAAAAACCAAACAGAAACCAACAGGAAAAAAACCCAAAAAGCGAAAACCUCGGGCGACGCGCUCGGCAGAAUGCACUAAUGGGUACUCCGAACUCAUUUACAUUGGCAUCCGCGGGAGGAGGCAGCAGGGAGAAAAAAAAAAUAGCCAUCAUCAUCACCUUGUUCAGGUAGAGAGUAGUUGGUGAAGUGGCGCGGGCAGACGCAGACCUUUAACGAGACUACAAGUAGAGUCCGGAAGGAAACCAUUUAGUCGUGAACUCAAUAACAGGAUCCAGAAACUUCAUAACUACGGUCUUAGGCCGGCUUAGUAGCUCCUAUCUAAGAUCUUUCUACCCGCCCCUCUCCAAUACAGGGGCGGCUGACCGACUGCUCCACAUAUUCCUCCUCCCCCUUUCCCCUCCCUUCUUUAAGCUGUGUACAGUGAAAAUGGUCCUUACCGUAUUUUAGUUCUCCGGUAAUGUAAUUAGCAUGACGGUGCCUUCAAUUGAUACAUCAUUCCAGUCUCGCUGGUGAUUUUGUACAGUAGAGUGUAUGGAUUGCUGUGCUGCAAAGCCCAACAGCUACAAAAUGUUUUAAAAAAAAAAAAAAAGAAUCAUCGGAUUGUAUAAAAAUCGCAGUAUCUUGAAAUCAGUAAAAGUGACUAGAGUGUCGAUCUUGCUCUGCAGUUAACAAUGUCGUAUGCUUUCUUGGGGAGGGGGAAGCCCGGGGGGCCGGAGCGGGGACCGGAAAGGGAGGAGGAGAAAGGGGGUCUGAGGAAUCUCCGGGUCCGACUUUUCCCUUGAAAUAGCACGAACGUGAACGUUAAUGGAGCUAUCGCUGGAGGGGCGCUUGCAUCGUCAAUCAACUUAACGUAAAUCCUCCUCAUUUUUACUUGGAUCUAGAGUCAAAGUACCCGUAUAAAAAAUGAGGAUACUGCAGUUUUCAGAGGAAAGAACAGCAGCUCUUAAGUGUUUGCCUUUUUUAGGUUUUUGGGUUUUUUUUUUUUUUGAACUGUCAUUUUGCACAACUCAACCGAUGUCAACACCCAUCUGGCUCCGAAUUUAAGGCUAGGGACGACAUCCUUUUUUUAUGAUUAUUUUUUUAAUAAACCCGUAGGAUCUUAAGUCUGUGAGGAAGGUUUGCAAUUGCUGGAUUUCCGUCUAUUUAGAACAUUCCGGUAAAAUGCAAACGUAGCCAAGGGUAUUAUCCAGCUUCGUGCUGUAGCAUUCAGUAGGCGCCGGUCUCGGACGCUCCGGGAUCGGGAGGGGGAGGUGUGUGAAACCCGCCCCCCACCCCCACCCCCUUCCCCAAAUCUGCGUGGAAGCACGGGAGACCUCGUCACAUUGCGACUUUUAGCAAAAAAAAUGCGCACGGCAGGGCAGCGGCCCAUUUCUGAACUCGGCAACUCGUCGCUGAUGAGGUAAACUAAGCCGAAGUUGCGCUUUUUGGGUCACGCUAGGCAACGUGAGCGAAAUGACAUCCGUCUAGUUUCAGAAUUUCUAAGACCGAGGUCUUCCGUGUCGGUUGGUAAGUCUUGCACUAUUUCAUGUAUUUUCCGGGACGCAGAUUUCUCACGGUUACCAUUUUUAGGUUUUAAAGGUCUUUUUUUUUUCUGUUGAAGACGGUUUUUACGCUCUCAGAUGUUAGGUGUCGUACUUGAAGCCCUCACCAGAAACCGUGACUUUGGUUUUGAGCUUUGAUGUCUUUAUCCGAACUGCUCGGUGGGAAGCGGUUUACCAUCAGUGUUCUGUUUGGUGUCUCCCCCUUCUCUCGUCCUCUCCCCUCCCCGUCCUCCGGCUCCUUCCCCUCUUCAAAACCCCACCUGUUAUUCCUCCCACCCAAGAUGUUGCCCUGCCGUCCUAUAAAGUGUGUCCCGGCACCAGAAGUCAUCGAAAAUGUAAAUGUAAUAGAAAACUAGAAGAGCCAAGAGCCAUUCAGCUUCAGGCGUGCUUCUUUAAAGUCUCACGAAUAAACAGUUGAAACAUCACACAGAGAAGUUUACAUGGUGAUUGCUCACCUACCGUACUGUGGACUUUAACAUUCUUGUCCCUCUUUUAGAAAAUGUACCUCUCGAAGCAAAGUAGCAGACUCGUUCACCAUUCCCGUUAGUUGCUGAUUUAUCGCUGCUAGUGUUCUUUCCAUCGUUACCGACCUAUUUCGACACACCUGGCUUGACCAUCUUGGCUUUAGUAGGUAUAGAAGACAGUGGAUUACCAUCUUUAUUGCUGUAAUGUGUUAAGCAUUAUUUGCUAGUAGAAUCUAGUUAAUUGUUUCAGGUGGAACGUAUUCUUUGAGUUUCCAUUUUGAAUGUGUUUUGACUAAACAUACAAUAAACUACUGAUGUCUGCAGCA